UUUUCUGCGUCUGCAUUUUUGGGGAAGGCUUACCGCUGUGGCUUAUUGUAGGCAUGUGGACUGUGUCCGGAAAGCGCUUUUCUACAAGCCUUUACGUCUGAGGGGGAAAUUUAGCUAAGUCCUCAUAGCUGUCUCAACUGUUGACAAGAAUCUUUAAGGGGUGAAGCUGAGUCCAGAGCUACAUAUACAGUUUAUCUUAUCAAAAUGUAUGGACAUAAAACAAUCUGAAGGAAUUCAAGACCACAGAACUUACAAAAGUACAUUGUACUGUUUAUAACAAGAACGAGAGUAUUUGGAGAAAGAUCUUUUUCUACUACACCAUGAUGGAAGCAGAAGAACACCAGCAACCAUGGAAGACAGCUUUUUAUUCAGAAUUACCUAAAGUGGAACUUCAUGCUCACUUGAAUGGAUCCAUUAGUUCUAAUACCAUGAAGAAAUUGAUAGCCAAGAAGCCAGAUCUUAAAAUCCACGAUCAGAUGACUAUGAUUGACAAGGGAAAGAAAAGAACUUUAGAAGAAUGUUUCCAGAUGUUUCACAUUAUUCAUCAGCUUACUACUAGCCCUGAAGAUAUUCUAAUGGUGACAAAAGAUGUCAUUAAAGAAUUUGCAAAUGAUGGUGUCAAGUACCUGGAACUAAGGAGCACACCCAGAAGAGAAGAUGCUACAGGAAUGACUAAAAAGACUUAUGUGGAAUCUGUACUUGAGGGUAUUAAACAGUCCAAACAAGAAAACAUAGACAUCGAUGUUAGGUAUUUGAUAGCAAUCGACAGAAGAGGUGGCCCUUCAGUGGCCAAGGAGACUGUUAAACUUGCUGAAGAGUUCUGUCUCUCUACUGAGGAUACAGUUCUUGGCCUUGACCUCAGUGGAGACCCUACUGUAGGACAAGCAAAAGACUUCUUGGAACCUCUUUUAGAAGCUAAAAAAGCAGGUCUGAAGUUGGCAUUGCACCUUUCAGAGAUUCCAAACCAAAAAAAAGAAACACAAUUACUUCUGGAUCUACUUCCCGACAGAAUUGGGCAUGGGACGUUUCUCAACUCCUCUGAGGGAGGAUCGCUGGAACUGGUAGAUUUUGUGAGGCAACACCAGAUACCACUGGAACUCUGUUUGACCUCAAACAUCAAAAGUCAGACGGUUCCGUCUUACGAUCAGCAUCAUUUUGGAUUCUGGUACAGCAUUGCCCAUCCUUCUGUGAUCUGUACCGAUGAUAAGGGUGUUUUUGCAACACACCUUUCUCAAGAGUACCAGCUGGCUGCUGAAACAUUUAAUUUGACCCAGUCUCAAGUGUGGGAUUUGUCUUAUGAAUCCAUCAACUACAUCUUUGCUUCUGACAGCACCAGGUCUGAACUGAGGAGGAAGUGGAAUCAUCUGAAACCCAGAGUGUUACAUUUUUAAGCUGCAGUGAAAUAAACUACUUUUGACUAUGUGCUGCAA